UGCUGCAGCGCUGCCAGACCGUCCAUGAGAAUAGGAACACGUCGAGGGGAAAUCGCAAUUUGCCGAUUGAUUGCCGCGAAAAUCAGGGCCGUGAAAAGUGUUUAUUAUUGGUGCGAGAGUGCGAGCAAGUGUGGUGGAAAUAUUGGGCGCCUCCAAAACGCACCGCAAAGCUGCAAGUUCGCGGGAAAAACUCCCGCUGUGGCGACCCGACUGGCAACCCUCGCCGCUUUCCCGCCUUUUUCUAUGGCGAGAAAUGGAAUAAAAGUACACAGUGCGGCGCUAAAAAGUUACAUGUCCGUGAGGAGCGAAGCGGGAAAAGCUAAACAAACCGGUGGCCACUAGGAAAAGUCACUGGUGAAGAGCAUACACGCACGAGUAGAGCAGCAGGAGCAGCAGGAGGAGCAACCCCACUUUUGGGCUUUCCAACCCCCCGCCACCGUCGCCGCCUUCCACACACACAUUCUCUUCCUAAUUACAAUUCCAGGCUGCUGACGGAAGCAGCGGCUGGAACAUCCGCAUCUGCAGGAGCAUUCACAUCCGCAGGCACAUCCGCAGCAACAGAGGAUCACAGAAUCACAGGAUGAGCGAGCCCGAGCCGCAGGAGCUGGGCGCCGAGGUGGUCAGCGGAUCGGUGGCCAGCAGCGAUGACCAAAUCCAGGAGAUGAAGGCCAAGUACACGAAUCUCUGCCGGGAGCUCAACAUGGAUCGCCAGACGGAGCAGCAGGGCUACAAAAUGUACGAGCAGGUCUCCCAAAGGUGCUCCUUGGAGGGCGAGUCCAUCCACUGGCUGUGCUGCGCCUUGUAUGCCGCCUGCCGAAGAUCCAGCACGCCCACAGUGAUUGGCCAGGAUGCGGUGGUCAGGGGCAACUGUGUGUCUUUAAAUAAUCUGCUGCGCUGCUGCCAGAUGAGCAUCUACGACUUCAAGACCAAGAUCAAGCAGUGGUGCGACAUGGCCAACCUGCCGCAGGAGUUCGUCAACGAGAUCGAGGUCCUGGAUCGCAAGUUCAGCAUCACAUUCACUCUGUACAAGCGUUUCCGCACCAUUUUCGACAAGAUCUUCUCGUGUCCGCCCAACGAGAAGAAGCACUCCAAGUAUAUCUCCCUGCAUGGCAACCAUGCGCAUGGCAAGUGCUCCUACAUCAAGCUGGAUGACAUCUGCUGGCGUUUGUUCUUGUGCGCCAAGAACCAGAAGCCAAGCAACACCGUGGACCUGGUCACCUCGUUCAACCUGAUGAUCUGCUGCAUCGAUCUGAUAUACAACAAUGUGCUGGCCGAGAAGCGCACCGAUCUCAUCAACCCCAAGUUCGAGGGCCUGCCGAGCAACUGGACGGAGCUGGACUUCCGUCACAAGCAGCACUGCAUCCUGGCCAACUUCUGCGACAUGACGGAGGAGGCCAAGGCCAUGAAGGCCACCACCUUUCGCGAGAUCAUGUCUAGCUUCUUUCAGACUUCGACCAUCUAUGGCAACAAGGACACCAUGCUGGGCCUGCUGACCAACGAGAACUGCGAGCGGAACCUCAAGUCGCUGAACAUCAGCUACGAGCAGUAUGUGCUGAGUGUGGGCGAGUUCGACGAGCGCAUCCUGAGUGCCUACGAUGCCGGCGAUCACACGGGGCUCAACGAUCAGGCCCUGCGGCCGCCGGUCACGCCGCUCACCCGCAAACAGGACCUUCCCGCCCAGCCGGCGAUGGCUGGCGACAAAUUCGAGCCCGUCCGCAACGCCACCAACAACGUGAAGCAGCUCAUUUCCUUCGGCCGCAUCACAGAGCCCACGGACUUUGUCAAGCAGGCUGGCGAGGAGGUGAUCGCCAAGCUGCUGAACAUCAUCGAGGAGAUCAAGCAGAAAUUCCUUGCCAACUAUCCGUCGACGGAGGCGAAGAGCCGCUUCCGGCUGGCCAAGUCCUUCUACUUCUACCUGCUCGACCAGAUCCUGCAGGCGGAGAUCCGGAACAAGCCGGACAUCGAUCUCAAACGGCUGCUGGUGCAGAAGAUCUCGCUGGACAUCUUCAACAUCACGCUGAUGGCCUGCUGCGUGGAGCUGGUGCUGGAGGCCUACAAGACGGAGCUCAAGUUCCCGUGGGUGCUCGACUGUUUCAGUAUUAGUCCGUUCGAGUUCCAGAAGAUCAUCGAGAUCGUGGUGCGGCACGGCUCGCACGAGCGCUGCCUCAAUCGCUCGCUGAUCAAGCACCUCAACGCCAUCGAGGAGACGUGUCUGGAGCGUUUGGCCUGGUCGCGCGACUCGCCCGUCUGGGACAUGAUCGCCUCCGCCUCGCUGCCGCUGCCCACCUCGCUGGUGGUGAACCGCGACCGCUCCGCCGGCGCCCUCCAGAUCUUCCUACGCAAGGUCUACCUGCUCGGCUGGCUGCGCAUCCAGAAGCUCUGCUCCGAGCUGGGCCUCUGCGAGAAGACGCCCGAGUGCAUCUGGCACAUCUUCGAGCACUCGAUCACCCACGAGACGGACCUCAUGAAGGACCGCCACCUCGAUCAAAAUAUCAUGUGUGCAAUAUAUAUCUACAUUAGGGUAAAGCGGAUGGAGGAUCCCAAGUUCAGUGACAUUAUGCGGGCGUACCGCAACCAACCGCAGGCGGUGAACAGCGUCUACCGCGAGGUGUUCAUCGGCAUCAAUGACGACGGCCAGCCGAAGGUGAAGGACAUAAUCCACUUCUACAACAACAAGUAUGUGCCGAUGAUCCGGCAGUUUGCCAUCGACUAUCUGAACGUAACGCCGGACGUGAGUGGCCGCACCUCCGAUCUUCUGCUCUCGCCACAUCCCAAGGAGCGGGCCGCCCAACCCAAGAAGGUCACCCAGAACCACUCGCUCUUCGUCUCGCAGAUGCCCAAAAACGAGAUCCAGCAGUCGCCCAACCAGAUGGUUUACCGCUUCUACCACAGCCCUGCCAAGGACCUGCAGCUGAUGAACGAGAAGGUGCGCGGCGGCAAGCGGAUGCUGAGCUUCGGCGACGAGCCCGGAUUGGGUGGCAUCGUGGAGAUCAAGCGCCUGCGGGAGCUGCCGCCGCACCUCAAGGCUGUGAUGGACGACCGGGAACUGCAGUCCGCCGAGCAGCUGCAGCAGCAGCGUACCACUUUGCCAGCGGAAGGAGCAGGAGGCGGCCAGGGAGGCGGUGGCGCAGGAGGAGAACACGAGACAUAGACAUGGGGCUACUGGGGGCAGCUUAGACUUAAGGUUAUUACAACAAGAACUAAAACAAAAGGAAAAACUAUAACUACAAAAAUCCGGCGCCGGCGGCCAAUCUUUCUACACGCUUGCUUCUACGGCGCACGCUCGACUAUUUUAUGAUUGUUUUUUUUUUAUUAACUCUUUUAGUUUGACAUUUUAAUUUAAAACCCAAACAAAACACCACCCCACAGCCAAUUUAUACGCAUCUCUUUUAUAGUUUGCUCAACGCCAACCAUAUAAUUCAUGUAUGCUAACCAGCCUAACCCUACAAUAUAUGUAAACACAAACAAUACUUGAAAGUAAUUUUAGUAAAUACCUGCACACACCACCCACAUCCAUCGGUCGCAGUUCCUUCUGGGUCCAUCGCCAAAGCUGGAGGGGAUCCGGAUGGAUCUGGGUGGACUGCGGCCACUAACAAAUCAACUAAGGCAAUCCACAUAUACACACAUGUAUACAAAAUACACUUUAUAAAAAUUGA